UUAUCAACACAUUUGUCUGGUGGGUCCUCUGAUUUCCAUAUUUAUAUCAACUGUACUCCCCUACUCUUUCCCAUGUACAAUACCUCUUGGUGCCUGCAUUUAAGGCUUUAGAGCAAAUUAAAGUUCCUCCUUCCUCCUUCAAUCUCUUCUUUCUUCUGAAGUCAUGGCUUUCUUUUCUCUCUUUCUCAUCCUUCUAAUGGUCCCUUUUAGCAAUGCCGACUGGCCACCUUCACCUGGUUACUACCCAAGUUCCAAAUUUAGGUCUAUAGGCUUUUACCAAGGCUAUAGAAAUCUCUGGGGUGCUCAACACCAGAGUCUAGAUCAGAACACAUUGACAAUCUGGCUUGAUAGUACCUCAGGAAGUGGGUUCAAGUCGAUUCACCCAUUUCGUUCUGGGUACUUUGGUGCUGCUAUUAAGCUUCAAUCUGGUUAUACUGCUGGAGUUAUUACAUCUUUAUAUCUUUCCAACAAUGAAGCUUAUCCAGGGUACCAUGAUGAAAUUGACAUCGAAUUCCUUGGAACAACACCAGGAAAGCCUUACACAUUACAGACUAAUGUGUACAUUAAAGGAAGUGGAGAUGGGAAUAUUAUUGGAAGAGAGAUGAAAUUUCAUCUUUGGUUUGAUCCAACAAGUGAUUUUCACAACUAUGGUGUACUUUGGACCCCAAAAGAGAUCAUAUUCUUUGUGGACGAUAUACCCAUAAGAAGGUAUCCAAAGAAAAGUGAUGCCACCUUCCCAUUAAGGCCAAUGUGGGUAUAUGGAUCAAUAUGGGAUGCCUCAUCGUGGGCCACAGAAGAUGGAAAAUACAAGGCCAAUUAUAACUACCAACCCUUUGUCGGCAGAUACAACAAUUUUAAGCUCAGUGGAUGCUCAGCCUACGCACCAGCUUGGUGCCACCCAGUGUCGGCCUCACCGUAUCAUUCUGGUGGUCUGUCUCGUCAACAGUUCUAUGCCAUGCUAUGGGUACGGAGGAGUUACUUGGUCUAUGAUUACUGCACUGACUAUAAGAGAGACCGUUCCCUUACCCCCGAGUGUUUCUGAUUU